AGAAGGUUCGAAGAUGGCGGCGCGCAAGGGCCGGAGUCGCACGUGUGAAACCGGAGAACCCAUGGAGGCUGAAACCUGCGACCCAGGAACCGAAGGCCCAUCCCAGGUCUACCUGCCCGGCAGAGGGCCGCCACUGAGCGAGGGAGAGGAGCUGGUAAUGGAUGAAGAGGCCUACGUGCUGUACCAUCGUGCGCAAACUGGCGCCCCUUGUCUCAGCUUUGACAUAGUUCGAGAUCACUUGGGCGACAACCGGACAGAGCUCCCUCUCAGUCUUUACCUGUGUGCGGGAACCCAGGCGGAGAGCGCCCAGAGCAAUAGACUGAUGAUGCUUCGGAUGCACAAUCUCCAUGGCACCAGGCCGUCACCCUCAGAGGGCAGUGAUGACGAUGAGGAAGAUGAAGAUGAAGAGGAUGAGGAGGAGCAGAAACCUCAGCUGGAACUGGCCAUGGUUCCUCACUACGGUGGCAUCAACCGAGUUCGGGUAUCUUGGCUGGGGGAGGAACCUGUGGCUGGAGUAUGGUCAGAGAAGGGCCAAGUGGAGGUGUUCGCACUGCGGCGGCUCCUGCAGGUGGUGGAUGACCCCCAGGCCCUGGCCAUCUUCCUCCGAGAUGAGCAGGCCCGAAUAAAACCCAUCUUCUCCUUUGCUGGCCACAUGGGAGAGGGCUUUGCUCUUGACUGGUCCCCUCGGGUGCCCGGCCGCUUGCUGACUGGUGACUGUCAGAAGAACGUCCACCUCUGGACACCCACGGAGGGUGGUUCCUGGAAUGUGGACCAGAGGCCGUUUGUGGGCCACACACGGUCUGUGGAGGAUCUGCAGUGGUCACCAACUGAGGACACGGUGUUUGCCUCCUGCUCUGCUGAUGCCUCUAUUCGCAUCUGGGACAUCCGAGCAGCCCCAGGCAAGGCCUGCAUGCUCACCACAGCCACUGCCCAUGAUGGAGAUGUUAAUGUCAUCAGCUGGAGCCGCAGGGAGCCCUUCCUGCUCAGCGGUGGGGAUGAUGGUGCCCUCAAAGUCUGGGACCUGCGACAGUUUAAGGCAAGGAAUGGUGCGGCAUGUUCAGCGACAUGCAUGGGCAGGCUCCUGUCACCUUGUUAGGAGGCUGAUUUGUAUGAAAGCUUCCAGCAGCCCAAGGAUAAGUCAUCUUACCUCUGUCCUUUCCCCGUGUUUCUUUCCUGGGCCCUGGCUUUGUAUGGGUAUGGGAGGGGCUUCUGAGACAGAGUCUGGUACUCACACUGAGGUCUGACUCCUACACUCUCUUGUAGUCUGGCUCCCCUGUGGCCACCUUCAAGCAACAUAUGGCCCCCGUGACCUCUGUUGAAUGGCACCCUCAGGACAGUGGGGUCUUCGCAGCCUCAGGUGCUGACAACCAGAUCACACAAUGGGACCUGGCAGUUGAACGGGACCCAGAGUCGGGGGAGACAGAGACAGACCCUGGGCUGGCGGCACUCCCCCAGCAGUUGCUGUUCGUGCACCAAGGUGAGACUGACCUGAAGGAGCUACACUGGCACCCACAGUGCCCGGGGGUCCUGAUCAGCACCGCCCUGUCAGGCUUCACCGUCUUCCGCACCAUCAGUGUUUGAGGUGGCCAACACUUGGCCUCAAGACUUGGCUCCACAUGGGAACUGGAUCGGUUAACUUGGCAAGGAUCAUUAGGCCUGUAGACUGCACCUCAGGAAGGAAGACUUGUUCAACUGGCCUACGUGGAACAGAAGGAACGGACUCUACUGACCUGGUAUCUCUAAGGAUUUGGAUUGACCCUUGGCCCUGCCUUACACCAAAGACUAGGUGCAGGCAAAGAUCCUUGCCUGUCCCAGAUACGGCCUCAGGAUGAGAUUUUUGUCAGUGUUGACUCCUGGCUUGACCCCAAGGACCUCUGACCAGGGACCUAAUUCUGGCUGUUGAUCAACUUCAGGAACUUUAAGGGUUUUGCCAUAGCUGGGCCAAGUCUGGGUCUGUGUCACUCCAGUGGAAUUUAAUUCUCUCUCUGCCUUCUGGCCAGUUAGAUUUGGUUGAGAUCCAAGUAGGGAGCCAUCUGGGGUGCCCUCCUGUGCUGACCACUACUGUACUGGAGGAGGGUCUGGGGCUUCUGCUGUAAUAAAGGACCACAAUAAGGCCCCAGACACCAA